CACUAGAGGCGCUGCAGGAAAAUUCUUAGUGUUCUUUCCGACAGCCAAGGUAUUGAAGGUUCUAUAAUUGCUGAAAAUAAAUAAAAAAAAAAGGUGCUGGAAUUUUUUGGAGAGGAGUUUAUUAAGCUACUGCAAUAUGGAUAAAUCACCCGAAGAAAAGCCGAAAAAGAGAAAACGGAGUUCUAGUUCAAGUUCAGGUUCAGAUUCCGAGAAAGAAAAGCGAAAGAGAAAGAAGCAGUAUAAGAAGGACAAGAGGAAGAUAAAGAAAAAGAUGAAAAAGCUUAAGAAAAAACUGAAAAGAAAGGAAAAAGAAGUAAUUAAAGACGCCGAGGAGCAGUUGGAGGUGAUUGAGGACAACAAGUCCGAUCAAGAGGACAAGACUGAGGUGAGAUCUAUGGCGCCUAUGACAAAGGAAGAAUGGGAGAAAAGGCAGAGUGUUGUUAGGAGGGUUCUUGACGAAUCUACUGGAAGAUACAGGUUAAUUAAAGGAGACGGUGAAGUUAUUGAAGAAAUAGUAUCCAGAGACCGCCACAAGGAAAUUAACAAACAAGCUACUAAAGGAGACGGAAAUUAUUUUCAGAGUUUCUUUAAAAAGUAACUUUCUUAAAUGUAUUUUGAUUAAUAAAUUUAUUUAUAUUUUA